AUCGCGGUUUUAUUACAUAAUAACUUCAUGAAAUACUAACUGAUUAUCUUUGGGAAACGAUAGAAACGGUAUUACUCAACAGAAAAGAGAGAUCUCGCCGUUUGAAAUUGAUUUUUCAAGUAACAGGCUUUGAACAUGGCGUUGAGAUCGAUCUGCCGGCUGUCAAUUGAUUCGACCUUCAGCCAUUCGAGCCAUUUGGGAGCCACCGCCCGACCAAGACGUUCAUUUUUCGCAGUGCUCGCACGAAGUUUUGCUGCCGUUGCAGAAAAGAUGGGUCUGCCGCGUGUUUUCUUCGACAUGUCUGCGGAUAAUAAGCCCGUGGGCCGCAUCGUAAUGGAAUUGAGAAGCGAUAUUGUGCCUAAAACUGCAGAGAAUUUCCGAGCACUUUGUACUGGUGAAAAAGGCUUUGGUUAUAAAGGAAGUAGUUUUCAUAGAGUGAUACCAAACUUCAUGUGCCAAGGAGGUGAUUUUACUAACCAUAAUGGUACUGGUGGAAAGUCCAUUUAUGGUACGAAAUUCGACGAUGAAAACUUCUCAUUGAAACAUACCGAACCUGGUAUUCUUUCCAUGGCAAAUGCUGGUCCAAAUACAAAUGGUAGUCAAUUCUUCAUCACUAGCGCUAAAACAAGUUGGCUUGAUGGCAAACAUGUUGUAUUUGGAAAAGUUGUUGAAGGAAUGGAUGUUGUUAGAAAAUUGGAGGGUAUGGGAUCUCAGAGUGGAAAGACUUCCAAAAAAAUUGUAAUAACUGAUUGUGGAGAAAUGUAGAUUGUUCAACUAGAUACUCUAAUGACUGCAUUUUUAUUUAGCUGUUGCAUAUAACUGUUGCUAUCUUUAAUGUAUAAUUCAUUCAUUUUAAUCAUUGUCAUUUUUCCUCAAUAUUGUAGAUUUAGUUUUCAUAUUUAAAAAAUUGUACUAAAUCUAUCUGAAUUUGGAAUUAGCAAAACAAUAGCAUUGUAUUGUAUUUUUUUAUUACAACUGAAAUUGGAAUAUGCAAUGAAAUAGAAUCUAUUAAAACAUGAUUUCUUCUUUUUUAUUUUUUUAUUAUAAAAAAAUUUUUCAAUUUUAUAUUCCUUAUUACCUGAAAUAAGCAACAUACUUUUCCUAUAUCAAAAUCGAAUAAUAAAAAAAAUGAAAAAAGAUUUAGAUCCACAUCUUUUCCAUGGAAUAUCGAUCCUUUAAUGGUAUUAAAUGGUAUAGCACAGUAAAACGUACGUAUAUGAACCGUGCGUCUCAUAAAAUAAUUUUUCUGUGUGUACUAUUUAUAUUUUAGUAUCUAAUAAGGAUAAAAUUCAUAAAUAUUUACCUACAUUUCUAAGGUCCAUAAUUAGUGAGUGUUACAUGAUUGCUGUACAAUGCAUUUAUCUGUGACGUUAAAAUAUUUUAACUUUUCUAUUGUGCUUUUAUACUUAGAUCCAAUCAAAAUGUUUCUGUUAUCUAGGGCAUUAUUCGUUUUUAUAUGUAUACACCAUUCCUUUUCUAAGCACAGAUUAAUAAUAGAGGUUUGAUUGUAAACUGUAAUACCAGAUAAUGCCUUUAGAUAAUUCCAUCUUAUUCUGAUGUAAUAUCAAUGUUGAAAAAUGUAGUUGCAACGGUCACAGUAAUUGGGAUUUCUAUAAAAUAAAAUUGUUUUCAGAAGUA